AUGCAAGGUUAUCAGCCAUACGGUCCUACAAACCCUCUUUUAGUUGCUGGGGGGAAUUAAAGAGCUUAUCAUGCAAUGGAAGGAUCUAAGAAGAAAAAAGCUAUAGAUCAAUCAUUGAUGGAGCUUCGAAAGAAAUUUAAAGUAAAUACAGGUAAAGAUGAAGAAGCAGAUUAGUUUGAUGAAGAUUAAAGAUUAGAUGUUCAUAAGAGAUUUGGUUCAUAAAAUUUGAAGAGAGAUCGAUCUCAGAGUGAGCAAAUAUCAGCGAACCCUAUUUUAAUAAGUCACAUAAUUCAAGACAAUGCAGAUUUCUUAAUGCAGCAAGUGACUAAUCUUUAUGUUGGAAAUUUGUCUACAGAAGUGACUGAGGAAAUCCUCACAAAGGUUUUUUGCAAAUUCGGAGAAAUUGAGUCUGUAAAAGUAAUGUGGCCCAGGACUGAAGAAGAGCGAAAACGCAAAAGAAAUUGUGGAUUUGUGAAAUUUUACAAGUAUGAAUCAGCAUUCCUAGCAAAAGAAACUUUAAAUGAAUCCCUUUUGAUUGGCAUGUCGAUGAGAAUCAAUUGGGGUAAAGGUAUAUCACAGUAGAUUAGAAAUGCUGGACUCAUGGUAGAUUACAAAGGUGUGGUUGGAGAUUAGGAUCUUGAAAUGCAGUACAUUGAGAACUAACUCAACCUUAUCAUUAUGGGGCACAGUCUACUUGGAGAUGAUGAAAUACUAGAAUCAGAAUAUAAUUACUUUCCUUAGAGUUUGCCAAGAGUUAGAGUUAAAAUCCCGGAGGAUCCAUUAACAAGGUAUUAAAUUGACAAAUUUGCUAAGUUUAUUGCAAAAGAAGGGUAUCAAAUAGAAAAUGAGAUGAAGCAUAUUAUUCAGAAAGGAAGGGAAAUAAAUAAUUAAAUACUGAAGAAAGUCAUUCUAAAAGAAGAUAAUGAACUAUCUAAUUAUUAUCAAUGGAGAUCAUAUGCCUAUUUCAAUGGAGACUCGACACACUCUUGGAGUUAACAUCCGUAUCAGCUUUAUCAAGAUGGACCGAUAUGGAUACCCCCAAGGAAUAGAGGAGAUAAUCUGAGAUUAAAUCCUGCCUAAGAGAUUAAAGAGCGCAUGCUAAAGUAGACAAAUUUGGUUCGUAGUGCUUUAUCCAGAGUUGCUGAUCUUAAUUAGAAUGACGAGAUUGAUACUUAAAUGGAAGAUGAGUAGGAUCUAGCUCAAAGAAGAGAAAAAGAGCAAUAAAUGCAAGGAUUUAUACCGUUGAGUUAAUAAGAUAGAAUUGUUGUGGAAGGCAUUAUCGAUAAUAUUUAAUCUACUAAAAGAAGUAUUUGCUAAGGAAUGAUACUUGCAAUGGAAUAUGCGUCAAAUGCAAGAGAUAUUGUGGAUAUUAUCACAGACUCAAUUAUAUCUUACAUUGCAACUCAGAAGGAAUAUGAUCUUAAGAAGCUAUUCGCAAAGCUAUUUCUCAUCUCAGAUAUUUUAUUCAACAGUUCAAAUCCUUAAAUUUAAACAGCAUGGACUUACAGAAGAGAGUUUGAGACUAGAUUAAGCUUGAUAUUCGAACAUCUAAAUAUCUUAUGGAGAACAAAGGUUGAAGGAAAAUUAAGUUAAAAGUAAAUUAAAAAAUCUUCAUUAAGACUCUUGAAGAUUUGGAGAGAAAGGUAAAUUUAUGAGUCUAGGAUUAUAGAGGGUUGGGAGGCGACAUUAAAGAUAGACAAAAAGUUAUACUAUUCCUUUCAUUUGACAGAUCCAAGUUUCUAACCAACUAAUAUAAAAGACUAAAAGGUCCUUGAUAAGAUGAAACUAAUAAUGGUUCCAGAACUUAAGAAUUAUUUUAAAAGAAUAAAAGAAAAUAAUUUGAAUCAUAAUGGGCUAAUAGAAAGAGAAUGUAAACUGAGUGGCGUUCCUCUUACAGCAGAUGACUUGGUUGAAAGACUAGUAUCACUAUAAGAAUACAAAAUCAGGAAAGUCUUAAAAUCUAAGAUUCACUCAGAGGCAAGUACAUUGGAGCAAUCACAAAACAAGGAUAUUAUGAUGACUCAAUACCUAAGAAGCAAUUUGAGGAAAUCUAUAAUAGAGCUUGAGCCUAAUCUUGAUUAGGUAUAGGUGUUUAACUUAGAUUAGAGAAAGCAAUUGAUAGAGAAAGCUAUCUAGGACUUAAUAUAGGAAAUAGUUAAAAUUAGAAAUUAGUAUCUAAAAGUGUAGUAGUCUAUGCUUUAACUUGAUGAGAAGUAAAUUGACGGCAGUGCAAUUUAAGAGAAUGAUCUUUAAAUGUUUGAUUUCAACUACAAGAAUAUCGAAAGAAAUGAAAGAUUAAUUGCGAUAGCUUAAAGAGCCCUUGAAAAAGGAAAGGGCAACAUAGACUUGGACAAUCUUAGCUUAGAUUCAGAUGAGUUGAUUACUACACAAGAAGAUAUUCAAGAUAAUGAAGACAUCGAUGGAGUUGAGUUGUCAGAGAGUGAUGAAAUAUUUCUUAAGAAUACAUAAAAUGAGGAAUGCUUUAGUGCAAUAAUUCCAAGUGAUCACUUGAAAAAGAUAUUGAAAUAUGCUCGUUAGAAAAGACUCUUGCUAAACAAAAGGCAAUAGCUUAAAUAAAUGAGUAGUGGAAAUAAAUAACUUGAUCAGGAGCUCAUCUAGACUACAGAGUAAUUGGAUAACUUGACUCUGCACUUCAAUCGUGACUUUGAGAAGCUUGACGAAAAAGAAGUGGCUUUUCACAGAGUCUCAAGAUGGAAAAAGAGAUUUGAAAAGGAUCUAGAGUAGUUUGAAGCAGAUUUAUACAAGAAUAAUAAACUGACUAACUUUGAAAGACUUCUUAAAUUGACUAAAGAGAAGUUGUCAAUGUACAAGAAGCUGCAUGAAAAACUGAAAUAAGAAGCUAUUGAAUCUCAAACCAAGAAUAUAUAUUAGCAGCAAUCUAAGUAGGUGAAAGAGCAAUUGAGAUCUAACAAUAAUUAGAGGAAAGAUAAGAGCUUGGAGAAGGAUAGAAGAACUGCACCCAAAAAAAGUAAAAGUAGGAGUUCAAGUAGUAAUUCAGAUAGUAGUUCUUCUUUGGAAAAUAGUUCAAGCAGUAGUAGCCAAAGUAAGAGUAAGAGCAGAGAAAGGGAUAGAUACAUGAAGGACAAAAACUCAAGAUAAGAUGAAAGAUAAUAAAUCAGGAAAAGAUCAAGAUCAAGAGAUUCCAGAAAUAGAUACAGAGAUCAGAGAUAUGAUAGAAAAGAAAGAUCAAAUCAUGGCAGUGAUAGAGGGGAUAGAAAAUAAAGCUAUCAUUAAGAAGAGACAUAGAAAAGAUAUUAGGGGAUUCAAGAUAAAAUAAAUGAUAAGCAUCAUUAAGAGGAGAAUUAGAAUCAUAGAAGAAGCGAACGAGCUUAAAGUGAUUAUUCAAGACAUCAUACAGAGAGAUCAUCCUAUGUAGAUCAGAGCAGAAGUGGAGAUAAGGAUAAUGGAAAAAGAUCAAGAUCAAGAGACAAAGAAUAUGGAAGAGAUAGAAGAAGAGAUAUAGUAACCAAGGAGAGAGAUUCGCAUCAUCAUAGCACUUCUAGAGAAGAUGACUCUAGAAGAUUCAAUAAAAACUAGCAUUCAUUCACCAAUUAAAAUUAGAAUUAUCAUGGAUAAGAUUCAAAUGAAUAGUUAUCAAGGAGAGAAUCGUCCAAGACUGUUGAGAGGCAAAUUGUUCUAGAAAGAAAUCUCUCAAACUAAAGCGAUUUAAAAUUAUAGGAUUAGACACAAAAUAGAAGCAUAUUUGAUAGAUUAACUCUGAGACCUUAACAGCAAGAUUAAAAUUCACCAGACAAGCCAAGAGACUUGGCGAAGUCUGAAAAUCAAGAUGUAAAUGAAGUGCUUUGGAUAAAUAACAGAGGAAACUCUAGAUUUUCAAGAGGAUUUGGUGGAAGAGGCAGAGGAUUCGACAAUAAUUACUAAAACACAGGCCAUCAGCCAACAAGAGGUGGAGCAGGUUCCAGAUUUAAUUGA